GGACCUGGAGCGCCGCGGACAGCACGGGCCGUGGAGAGGGCGCUGCGCUCGGGCUACCCAAUGCUUGGACUAUCUGCCGCCGCUGCUCGUGCAAUAUGCUGGAGCUCCAGAACAGCUAAACGGAGUCGCCACACCGCUGCCUGGGCUGGAUCGCAGCGCUGCCUUUCCUUAUGAAGAAGACACAAACUUGGAUUAUCACUUGCAUUUAUCUUCAACUGCUCCUAUUUAAUCCUCUUGUCAAAACGAAAGGGAUCUGCGGGAAUCUUGUGACUGAUAAUGUAAAAGACAUCACAAAAUUGGUGGCAAAUCUUCCAAAAGACUAUAUGAUAACUCUCAACUAUGUCCCCGGGAUGGACAUUUUGCCAAGUCAUUGUUGGAUACAUGAGAUGGUGAUACAGUUGUCAGUCAGCUUGACUAAUCUUCUGGAUAAGUUUUCAAAUAUUUCUGAAGGCUUGAGUAAUUAUUCUAUCAUAGACAAACUUGGGAAAAUAGUGGAUGACCUUGUGGAGUGUGUGGAAGAAAACUCACCUAAGAAUGUAAAAGCAUCCUCCAAGAGGCCAGAACCCAGACCCUUUACUCCUGAACAAUUCUUUAGAAUUUUUAAUAGAUCCAUCGAUGCCUUCAAGGACUUUGUGGUGGUAUCUGAAACUAGUGAUUGUGUGCUUCCUUCAACAUUAAGUCCUGAGAAAGAUUCCAGAGUCAGUGUCACAAAACCAUUUAUGUUACCCCCUGUUGCAGCCAGCUCCCUUAGGAAUGACAGCAGUAGCAGUAAUAGCAAGGCUGCAAGUUCCAUUGGAGACUCCCACCUACAAUGGGCAGCCAUGGCAUUGCCAGCAUUCUUUUCUCUUGUAAUUGGCUUUGCUUUUGGAGCCUUAUACUGGAAGAAGAAACAACCAAAUCUUACAAGGGCAGUUGAAAAUAUACAGAGUAAUGAAGAGGAUAAUGAGAUAAGUAUGUUGCAAGAAAAAGAGAGAGAGUUUCAAGAAGUGUAAUUGUGGCUUGUAUCAACACUGUUACUUUCGUACAUUGGCUGGUAACAGUUCAUGUUUGCUUCAUAAAUGAAGCAGCUUUAAACAAAUUCAUAUUCUGUCUGAAGUGACAGACCUCAUCUUUAUCUGUUCUUGCUACCCAUGACUUUAUAUGGAUGAUUCAGAAAUUGGAACAGAGUGUUUUACUGUGAAACUGGCACUGGAUUCGUCAUCUAUAAAGAAGACCUUGUGUGGAGCAGGAGUCAAGACCUGGGGGUCUUGUGGUCUCAUUCGGAACUUGCAACUGGUGUUGGGAGAGAAGGCUCUAGAAAUGUCUAAAUGCUGAGAAACCACAGAGCUCUAUUCUUCAGUGACACCCUGAAGCCUGUAGUUAUCCCUGUCUCUGCAAAUAGAUUUCAGCCUGAAUAGUGGGGGUAAUAAAUUUUCUCAAAGGGAUCUAGACAAAAUUAAGCAAAAACUCAGACACAUCAGCCACUGUACGAUGUAAACAGCAGUGGAAACUAAGUGAUCACAUGAGGCAACAAGUCAGCUCUGUAGUUGAUGAUUAACAGUAUGGGUUGAAUCUUGAUAUCUUCCUGAUACAAGCCAUGCUCUCCUGUAUCCCCCUAGAAAAAUGGAUAUGGUUGGCUGGUUCUAUCCAUGCAGGGGAGCCAGUCCUGAUUUAGAACAAUGACACAGACUCACAGAAAGCCAUGAUCGGGAGAACAAUGAGCCCUGAAGAGCAGAAUGGUCGGCCGAGGAGGACGUCCGGCACCCUUAUGAAGUCUGCCUUUUCCCUUUAUCACUGGAGUGUAUAAAUCGUGUUUGCAAGAAUAUAUUAUGACAUGUCUAUAUCCUAAAAGUAUUGCAGAGUUAUGUAAAGGGACAUGGGAGAAAAUGCUGAAUGUAUGAAGGUCCCAUCUUCAAUUUCCACCAUGGGAGAAAGUAAAAAUAAAUUAUGAUAUUUGGUAUCUAAGAUUAGGAAAUCUCACCCACCUGCUAAUACGGGUGUUGGAAACUAGGUUCCUUGGCUUUUAUAAGAAUGCAAAGAAUCAGGAAACUUUAGUUAUUUAUAGUAUAAUCGCCAUUGUCUGUUUAAAGGAUCCAUUUAUUUAAAAUCAGGCACUCUAUAUUCAUUAAGGUUUAUGAAUUAAAAGUACAAAGAGAGCUUUAUGUCAUUAUGCAUGUCAGUUUGCUAUUUAAAAGGUAUGACAGCAUUUGUCAUAUUGAAGUGAAUUUGGCAGGAAUUCCCACAAUGGACAUUGUGCUUUUAAACUAGAACUUGGAAAACUUUAUGUAAAUUUCCCUUGCCAGUUAUUUUUAAAGUCAAAGGAACAUCUUACCAAUCACAAGGAAUGAUUUUCUCUUGGCUUACUUUAACGAAUUUAACAUACUAUGAACCUACACAUAUAGGAAUCCAAAGUUUUCCAUUUCAAUUCCUUGUAAUAACGGCAUUGCCACAUCUACAACAGUAAGAUGACCGUUUUCAAUAGGGGAAUACAAAAUUAUAUGAAAAACUAAAUGCUAGCUUUUCUUUGAUCUCAAAAGCCCAAGAAUUUCUAGGCCAGUUGGAUUUUAGCUCAUGUUGAAAGCUAUCCCAAAUAUAACACUAGUAAGUGGCCUUUGCUCUUUUGUGUACCAAAGAGCUCAUAUGAUUUCUAUAGUCUUUUUCUUCUUCAAAGGGCUGUGGCUCCUCAAACACUAGGCAUUUCUUUAAGAUACAGUCCACAUGCUUUGAGAAGGUGCAUUAAUUGGUGCAGGCCCUCAGAUACCAAUGGUGCAAUCAAUUAGUAAUAAAACCAGAAAUCACUUUAACUGUUGAAAGGACCUGUCUUGGUGUGUGGCAUUAAUUAGGAAAAGAAGAAAAUAGAUAUAGAUUAGGAUGAGAUAACAGUGUAGAUCAUGUGUAGAUGGAGAAGACUGAUACAUUUCAAUCUAGUGGUUUGAUUUAUUUAACCAAUGUCUUCAAUUUACUUGGAUGUAUGACAAUACUGUUUAAUGAGCUUGAGAGCACAGUAAAUGUACUUUUGUUCUCAACGUUAAUAGCUGGGUUUUAACACUCAAGGACAAGGUCUUAAUCUGUAGCAUCAAAUGAGUAAUUCACUAAGUUAUGACACCUGGCACAAUAGGGGAGGGGAAAUGUGUCCUGCCUGUUGAAUGUAUUAGUUUAUUGAAAGUUAACUGAAUUGCCAAUCUUUAAAACACUGAAGUUCAAUAAAGUGCAUGAGCAAUAGAAAAAUGCUGAACAUUAUUUUGGAUACUAGCUGCUUGGGCAUUAACUGCGUCAUGUUUGCUUUGAGAUUAAAAAAUAUAUGUCUUUGCUUAUUUUAUCCCAUAUGUGUCCUGAAUAGCCUUCUUCAUAUACUGUGGAAAACUCACAUUGACAUGGUAAAUUAUGAAAUCACCUUUUAAACUAAUGUCAUAUAUCUGACAGCUCUCUCUUAAAAUGUUUCAAAAUUAUCUUUUGAAACAGUCCCAGAAGUCUGCAGAUUCUAACCUAUAAUGAAAGCUUUGCACCUCUUUGAAACAAAUCCAGUCUAUUAAGAAAUUGGCUCUGUGAUAAAUGGGGCCUUCCCAGUGAAACUGAAGUGUUCCUGGACACUGUAUCAUAAUUAAGUGUGCUUAUGACCACACUGGCAUUUUUUAAUGAGUGAGAAGCAAAUUGACUUCUAAUAUAACAAGAGAAUAACUUAACUCUCUUAAAAAGGAUUAUAUAGGUGCAAAAUAAAAACAUGACAAAGUAUGAAGUAUUUGCUUUUAGUAAGGGGGAAACACACAUCAUUAAAUUACUUCAGAGAAACUUUGUGGGGCACUUUGGUGGUUUAAUUCAAUUAAAGUUAUAAUGAAUAGAAAAGUUCAUUCAAAAAUCCUGGGCAUUUCUUAAUGUUUUUCUGCAGUUAUGUUUUGGUUUCAAAAUGUAACUCCACUAUGGGGCUUUUAACCAUUCCCUAUGUAUUCUUCUUUAAGAUAUAUGUUCUUCAACAAGGUAGUUUUGGCAGGGUGAGACAAUGUUGGGAAAACUCUUCACGUGCCUGCACACUGCCAUUAACCAAUGUGGUAAAUCACCUCCUCUUUGGAUCUCAAUUUUUUAUUUAUCUGUAUGGCAAACUUGGAGGUCACGCCUUAGGGAUGAGCCCUUAUUCCUAUGAGUACAUAACUGACAAAGAAGAUAAAAUAGAGCUGAAACUAUCCGCGGUCUCUGUGAAUAAGUAUCUUGACCAUAAAAAGUCAUUGCUGUUCUUGUUUCUACUGUAAAUAGGGUCCAUUAGUAAAACUGAAAUUUUCAGUCUUAAGUAGGGGGAAUUGGAUAACCAUUUACACAACAGAUGGCUUUUACCUUUGCUUAAAUAAACGUUUUGGAUCACCUCCGAAGAAUGAAAACCAGCAAUGCAAUUUAGUCAUUUUUGGUUGGAAGAGAUACUAUAAGAUGUGUGUAACAUUGGGAAAUGCACCAAAUUAAGCAUUUAAAUGUGUUCAUUUUAUUGAAAGCUAAAAGCAGAUGGGAGAUGCUCAUAAACUUUUUGAAUGCCAGAUCUUUUAGAACCAAUUUAUAAAGAGGUAAUCUAUAAAUUACAUUUCAAAAUUGGAAAAGGAGAUACAAAUUUUAAAGUAAGUCAACUUAUCUCUGACACAAUAAUUAUUUUUAAAUUGGCUUUAGGAUAAAACCAUUCAGAUUGAAAUUCUACCUACCUAGUUGAUUCAUGGAAUUUGACCACGGAAUUCAUGGUGUUGCUGUUUUCAAUUAACUAUCUUGAAACGCCUUUGUUGAUAAGGAUAAAAUAGUGAUACUUUCACUUCGUAGCAAGAUGUUUAAAAAAUGAUCCAUACUGAGAUGGAUACCUAUGAUCCUAAAAUGUUUGCUAAGCAAUGUAAAUUUAUUUAUACCUGCCAUCUCCAACAUCUUAUGAUGUUGUUUUUAAAAAUACACUUAAGGUAAUUGCUUAAACUAAAAACCAUGGUAUUUUCAGUUACUUGAUUUCUGAGCUACCAGACUCACUAAAUAAUAAUGUUCCAAUCAAAAUAGUCUAUUCUCCUAUAUUCUAAGGAUUAAUGUGUGAUUAUAGUGUCCACUUGCCACUGUUUUUUAAAUCAAUGGACUUGAAAGUAUUCAGACGUUUAGAUGGAUGCACAGAUAUAUUACUAGUUCAGUCAUAGAUUGGAGUUUGCAUAUUGUAAUGUAAAUGUAUGUCAACACUAUUCUAAAUAGUUUUAUUAUGACCGAAGUUUAAUUAAAUAAAAAAGGUUGUAAAAUGUGAUGUGUAUGUGUAUAUACUGUAUGUGUACUUUUUAAAAUAGGUAUAUGUCCUGACCCUUUUUUA